AUGGCUCCACAGCGCAAUGACGAUACCGUGGGGUGGAUCUGCUCCCUCCCCAUUGGAUUCAAGGCUGCAAGGUCAAUGAUGGAUAAAGUGCACCCCGAAUUGCCCCGGAUUACUGGAGAUACAAACACAUAUGCCUGGGGAAAUGUUGCCGGGCACAACGUUGUCAUCGCCACGGGCGUACCGUCACAUGUUGCCGCCGUAGCGGCCGCGAACUUAAUACGAUCCUUUCCCGGGGUGAGGUUCUGUCUUCUUGUCGGUAUCGGCGGAGGAGUGCCGGACUCGUCCCCGGACAUUCGUCUCGGCGACGUUGUUUUUUUGCAGGCUGCAGCCAGGAGAAUGGCUACGAUGUACAAGUUCAUGAAUUUUAGACAUCAUAUCAAAAAAGCCGUUCUUCAUCUUCCGGACCAUGAACUGUGGUGUUCUUUCCCGGGCAGAGAGCAAGACUUGCUGUUUAGCCCGGAAUAUGAACACCAAGGAGAUGAGUGUACCAGCUGCGAUCACAGUCGGCUCAUUAAAAGGGUGCCUCGUGUUUCGACGGCCCCUGUUACUCAUCAUGGGUUCAUCGCUUCCGGCGAUACGCUCGUGAGGGACACUUAUAUGCGCGACCGUCUGCAUUCUGACUUGGGAGUCAUCUGCUUUGAGACGGAAGCCACCGGAUUGAUGAAUGAUUUCCCAUGCAUUGUGAUCAAAGGGAUAACCGACUAUUCCGACUCACACACAAACAAUCGCUGGCAUGGUUACGCAGUCCUCUCAGCUGCUGCAUACGCCAAACAACUGUUGGUUUGUACAUCUUUUGCUGACGUCCGACAAAGUUCCGGAGCAGCCGAUGUACUUCGUCUUGAUACUGACACCAGCUCAAGUAUGAAACCAACACUGGAAACUUCCGCUGUAUUCAGUGAAGGGAUCUCGGCCCUGAUGGGAUGGCUUGAACCUGAGCAUGUUGACGCAACAGCCAAUUUUGUCAGGAUUUUUGCAUCCCACCGAAGGCUCAAGCCACUGUACAGUGUGGCUGGAUUGCGUAUGACACUAUCGGUGUUUCAGUGUAAUGUUACACCAGCUUUGGCUGGUCUCAGUCAGGGGAUCAGGAACGGCGCCCAAACUCCGCUGGAGCUGGCAAUAGCAUGGAUGUUGAGACGAUACAAGGCAACCAUUGCUGCACAGAUCUACAACUGGUUCCAGCCAACUGAUGGUUCCGUGACGGUGCCGUCGGUACCGCUUGACGAGAAUCCAGCCUCUCAAUUGCACCAGCUAAAGCGAUUUAUUAACGAAAGGGUUCCAGAACCUCGGCCUGCCUUCAAUAGAAAGGAGAACUCCCAAGCUCAGGAUGUAGAUCCAGAGCUGCCGAAUACGGAGAAUGACGUUGAUGAACCGCUACAAGAACAAGAAGCAGGUCCAAAGGAGGCGAAGCCAUAUCUUGCGGCAUUGGGAGACGUGAGCCAAGUCCAUCGCAUACUCUGCGAGGGAGAAGCCUUCGAUGAGAUGUUCAAACAGUUGGAAAAGAGCCUGACCCCAACACCCAUUGAACUGAUCCACAAGGUCCUUCGUCGGCAUAUACCUGGUGACCCACAGCCAAAAUCCAUCAACUGCGUCUUAAACUGGCAGCUUCUUGAAUACUGUGACAACGAAAACAUUACAGUCCACGACAUCGACGCGGUCUUCACCUUGACCGGAACGUUCCAACGCGCACGCGCAGAGCGACUCGGGGACUAUAUUCAUAGGACAUGGAAGACGGGGAAGGUAUUACUGGAUGGCAUAAAACAUUCUCUUGUGCAUUAUUUGAGAAGAGAUGACAAUGAGCCUGAAACCGAAAUCAUCGCCGACGAGGGGUUGCGGAUCAGAGUACGACUUUUACCUAAGACGGCGGACGCAAAGGAGCAAGCCCUCGUAGCACUAUCAGGGACUUUCCAUCAAAUCGCCGAAAUUCUUGGCCAACUCGCCUGGUUGGCUGCUACCUUGCGGCCACAUGCGGAAGGCCAAUUGACAGUCUCUGAAAUCGACUUCCAAGAUCAUCAGAUAGAAAUCGGUGACUCAAUAGAGCCAGUCUUCCGUGUCUCACUCUACAGCCAAGACAAGGUGCGUCAACCGAACUGCGACGAGCGAGGCAGUUGCUGGACCUCCUUGUUCACUGAGAGCGUCCUUGCAUAUGGCUGUUCUCCAGGUGAUCCAGAUCGACCUGAGGGUUUGCUCGGCCUUGAGCUGCCUUUCGAGAUAAUGCUCCGGUUUACAGGUGCUAAGUAUCCUGUUUGGCUUGGACAGCGACUUGCACUUGCCAGCGAGUCUGGUAUUCUCAUUCCACAGGUGACUUUUGGCGACUCUAUCCAGUGGCAUUUUCAAAAGAUGGAAAAUUCGAUCAAUCAAGCCAUCAGUGUGAACAUCCCAGACUCACAACUGGAAGCUCUGGAUUUACAGAAACUUGUCAAGUCCCAGGGAUUCUUGGGAUAUUCCAGAAGUUCGGAAGUGCUGUUGGGUACGGCAGAUUUCGCAGAGGUCGAGAUUUUGAAGUCAGAUGUUCCCCAUACUCGAUCGUCUGUUGAAAUGAAACUCGAGGGUCCAGUCAACAUGGGCCCAAAUAAAAUCAUCACCGGCAAUCUUGGGAGCACUUGGAAGUUCAACCGCGGCGAAAGCGCUCUUCUUGAAGCGAAAAUUCUCAGCCCGGAUGAGCGCCUUAGGCGGGCAGCCAGAGCUUCCGCAUUGCUCUAUGAUGACGGAGCAUGUAUAGCAUACCUCGUUUCCGAGUUGAGCAUCAUUCUACAGAUAGUGUCUAUGUACAUCCGGAAAGACUCACGGCUCGAGAAUUCCAAAAUUCCUCGAGCUGACAGAUCGGCCGACGGCGGUGCAGCUGCCAAACAAGCCAUCGAGAGCGCGCAAGAUCUGAUAGUCCCAUUUGCGACUGGGGCUCGAAAAUAUCUUGACAUCGUGGAGAGCUUCCUGGACAUAAUUGAACAAAGGAAAAUCCAAAGAUUGGUCAACAUUCAGCAAUACGGCAGGAUCUCUCUAAAAAGGGGCCUCAGGGGCUGGGAUUUUGCCGAUAUACAGUCGAAGACCCUCGUCUCCUCGGAACGUGAGCUCCCAGCUCCACGUUGGCAUUCGCGGCCUAUAUGGUGGAAGCUCUUCAAAUCUGCUGAAUGUUUUGUCCUCUUUGCACGGGUCACAAGACCUCCAAUUCGCUGCUGCAACACCGCUACUCAAGGGUUCCUUUGUUGUGCCUGGGAACAAAUUUCAACUGGUGGGCACCUGCUCCUUGCGAACAUGCACCAGUUGGACCAGCUCAGGGGCGAAUUCAUGGUCGCGCCCAUGCAAUUCAAGAUUGUUCGAAGAUAA